UUUUCUUUUUCUGAAUUAAUUCUUACUGUUUAUUUACUUUUGAAUAGUCUUCUAAUCACUAGAUUAAGAUUUUGGUCAUCUCCAAAUAUGAUCGAAGUGAGCCUUUGAAGACAGUGCUUAAACCAACACCCAAUUUGACCAAACGUGUAAGGCCACGACCUUCCAUUGUCAUGAAUAUCACGACGUUUCUUUAGCAAGGGCUUUGCUUAACAGGGCUGCAGUAAAAAUCCUCCCUCUAAAUCCUUGAGAAGUUCUAAUUUGUAAAAAUGCAAAUUAUCUGAAACCAAAUGCUGUUUUCUUUUUCUUUAUAGAGAGAAAUUGGUCUGUUACAGCUAGUAAAGCGUUCUAACCCGAUUGUCCCUCUAGAGGGAGACAUAGUCCAGCUUUUAUACGAAUUGCCUCCGCAUCUUUUACUGUCUCGUUCUUUUUCUGCAGGACCGUUGUUUGCUCUCAGCGGCAGUUGCUGGGGCUCACAGAACUGGCUGUUGGGAGAGAGAAGGGAGGCAACGUCGCUUGGUCCUCCCAUCCCAUUUUACUGCUUAACUCAACCUGGAGUCUCAGGACCUAUCUCCUCCUGCAUUCUCUCUGCACUAUACGGGGGAGCCAAGUCACUCUGUAUUCCCUGGACAGCCGGGCUGGCUGGAAUAGGGUUCCAGAGUGGAGGGGGCUCUGCCCUUUAUGGCGACUUUCUAAAAGAUUAGCAUCAGUGUCUUUUGACAGUACAGCGCCUGGGGUGGGACUCGGAGAGGAGGCUUUGCUUGCUAAACGGCUUCUUUCUCCUCUGGAAAUCUGGAUUUUUUUCCUCGGCCCCCUCCCCCCGCUCCUUUCUUUCUCCCCUACCGCCUUUAGCGAAGUGACACAGGCGAUACCUGCUCGCUCGUGUUGGAUGUGGCAACUCGCACUUUCUCGUUGGUGACGGUGCCAGGGCACUGCUGCCAGGGGGACAUCGGCGGGUUUCCCUUCCUUCCAGCCCACGAUGCCUAGAAGGGCAGCGGGUGGGCUGCGCGGGGCUCUGCCCUCAGCACUUCGAGGCGGGAUUGAGGGGCUGAAGCUGGCCAGGAGUUGCUGCUAAGUGGACUCGAGUGGAAGGGGCAAAGUCUCCGCGAGGGCACCAGCGGGGACCUAUUUGCGAGCAGUGGGCACAGGGGCACCCGCACCGAGGAACGCGAGCGUCUGGCGGGGGGACUUUGGCCGAGCUCAGAGCCUCUCCUUCCUGUCCCGAGCCUCCCAGCAACUCCGCCACGCUGGAGCCCGGGUACCUGCGAGAACCGGGGAACUCGAGAAGUGCGUGGCCGAGGCUGCUUUCCUGAAGGUGAAUCAUUCCGUCCAAUUGCCUUUCCCUAGAGAACAAGAGGGAGGGCAAGAGAGAGGGAACGGAGGAUGUGUGAAUGUGUGUGUGUGUGAGAGGGAGAGACGACGUGAGGGGAGAGGAAAAGUCUUUACUAGGCGUUAAAAGCAAACAAAUCAGAGAUGGAACAAGAGCGGUAAUUGCUACAAGACCGCCUUGAUUCUUGCAGUCCAGGGAGCUGAGCGCACAGCGCGCAUCCGGCGAGGACAGCGGGCGACCGCGGGCGCUGCCAAGGGCUGCGGGACGUUGGCUUUUCCUCAGUAAAGAAAUCUUUUGAUUACUUUGAUACUGUGGAAUAAAGAAGGGGGGAGAAGGAUCAGGCUCACCUUCACCCGCUUUAGGGGGAUUCCAGUUCGGAUGUCAAGAGAUUCCUGAGUCCUACUUGCCAUCGGAGGAGGAAACACAUCCACACACGCGCGCGCACACUUGCACGCUCAGGGCCACAUUCACUCACACGCCGCCGUCCACGAGCACACAGCACCAGACUUCGGUUCCCUAUGCCCCUGGAUGGUGACGGCGGAUUGGCAUCUUGGAAGCGAUGCGAGAGCGAUAAGGCUGGCGCUGGCCCGCAAAACCUGCAGGAGCAUCGCUAGGUGUUGCCGCCACCGGGAAGCGGGGCUGCAGGAUGAGUAAGAGAUACUUACAGAAAGCAACAAAAGGAAAACUGCUAAUAAUAAUAUUUAUUGUAACCUUGUGGGGGAAAGUUGUAUCCAGUGCAAACCAUCAUAAAGCUCACCAUGUUAAAACGGGAACUUGUGAGGUGGUGGCACUCCACAGAUGCUGUAACAAGAACAAGAUAGAAGAACGGUCACAAACAGUCAAGUGCUCCUGCUUCCCCGGGCAGGUGGCAGGCACCACACGAGCUGCUCCAUCAUGUGUGGAUGCUUCAAUAGUGGAACAGAAAUGGUGGUGCCAUAUGCAACCAUGUCUAGAGGGAGAGGAAUGUAAAGUUCUUCCAGAUCGGAAAGGAUGGAGCUGUUCCUCUGGGAAUAAAGUCAAAACAACUAGGGUAACCCAUUAACCCAGGAGAAACCAAGUGAUCCUCAAGGCCGAUGACAAUGAACAUAUGCAUAGAAACUUCACUCCUGAGGUGAUCUUGAAGAUUUUUAUACCACUUGAAAGAGGCACUGAAGAGUCGAUUUCCAAGGGAUUUCAUGGCCUCUUCUUGAAAUCAAGACUUUUUAAAAGUCAAACAUGAACUUCUAUGUCAUGAAGAUUUCAGCAGAUUUGAACUGUGUUCAACCUGUAAAUUGUUAAAAGAAUUUGAAGUUGCUGUCUGUGGAGCCAGUGAAGAGUUGUUUUUUCAGGGUGAUGUUGGAGACAGUCACCUUUUGAGCUAUCGGCUCCAGAUGUGACUGCUUUUCUUGCUUCUGCAAGCUGUAUCCCAAGGGCACUGUCCUCCUGUCCUGGAUGUGUUCCUGGGUCCUAUGUUCAUUGGCUAGUGGGACUAUACAUGGCUUUAAUGACGUUUCCUUUGAGAACUUUUCCUCUGGCAUGGUGUAGACUGAGACAAUUUUAUUUAUAUCUGAAUCUUGGAGCUCGGAAAGCCUACAUGUUUUAACAACUUAAAGUUGCUUUUGUUAAAGGAAUGGAAAUAUAUAUCCAUUGGUAAUAAUGUUGGCAAGUAAUAGUUAUCUGAAUACAUCAAUCAUAUAAGAAUGUAUAGACAAGCUGACAUAUUUCCCUAAGGCUAACAACACUCUGCUGCAGCUCUUUGUCAAAUAGUUAGUAGUUAGAACUGGAUUACCAUUUUCAUUAUAUAAUACUUUGUACCUCUAGAGCACUCUCCCUUUCUGCUUUCUUUUUUUUUAAGUGGGCUUUUCUUUAAUUUUUUUUUAUGUUUACUUAUUCCCUUCACAGAAAUCAACAGUGAGCAGUCAAGUUACUGGAUAGACUUCAGUUUCAAAAAGUUGCCAGGGAUGCAUGUGAGUUUCUGAUUUCUUAGCUUGAACAUCAUUCACUUAGAUUUUUUCUAGUUUUUUUUUUUUUUUUUAAGCUGCCCUAUCUCAUUUUAAAAGAUUGUCUUUUGCUUGCUCCCAAUGACUGUUUGAAUGCUUACAUAUUUGUUCAAUCUGUUGAUAGAAAAAAUUGUUCAUUUUCCUCAGCCUCAAAUGUGUUAAUAUUUGCUUACACUUUUCCCAUUCGAACAACUUGUUAGGCCAGUAUUUUGUGACAUUUUUGUAGCCAUUUGAACAUUUCUGUUUUUGGUUUUACAGGGAAGUCAUAAAUAUUUAAAGGCCUUAAACAUGUAUGUAGUUUUUUUUUAAGUUAUUGUAGAAUGUAUAAUUUUAUACUACAUUUAUUUUGUUUCAUUUGUGAUAUGAAAGGAGAGAGGAAUGAAAAUUGUGUAGCCAUUCUGUAACAAUAUUGUGUAAACCUGUAGUUUGAAGGAAUGCAAGUGAGGGAUUUCUGUGUUUUACUCAUUUUAGACUAUCCAGAAGAUGCUUCUGAAAUUGUCCUAUUAGAAUUUCCAUCAUGUUACAGAAGGUAUGGGAAUAUCUUGUAUUCUGAAAACUCACUGACAUGGUCAAAUACACAUACAUUGGUUUCCAGCGUGGAGGCCCACAUGUACUGGGGAACUUUGGUCUAUCAUUUCUUGACAAUAUUCAAAGACCAAUACACUACUCAGACACUUUCCUGGGAAGAACAACUAAAAAUGUAAAACUGGUUAAAAAUAAGAUCUGAAAAGUUUACGUCUCACAUUGAACUAAAAACCACUUGUCUCCUAAGUUCAUGAAAUGAAAUGACAUUCUGCCUCCAUUUUAAUUAUGCAUAAAAUGAAUUAGAUGGUUUUGAGUGGAUUUUCACAAUGGCUCAAGACUAUAUGAAAUUUUAAAAAAGGAAUAAUGGUUGUCCUGGAGUUUCUGCAUCAAUUAGAAUAUAAUUAAUUUCUUUGUAACCAAGUGAAAAACUAUACCUUUUGGAAAAUAUGAAUUUGUCCUAGGUUUGUUUGAGAUUAUAGAUCAUGCUUCUCAUUUUUUAAACUAUGUUCUUUAACAACUGGAAACUCUGUAUUAUAUAUAAGUGUAAUACAUGCAUACAAUAGAAAAAAAUACAUGGAAUUUCAAAUAUACUAACUAGAUUAUCCCCAGUAGAUUAAUGUUGUGACUACUCAGAAAAGGUGAAUAAAAUUGGGAUAUAAAAUGGGCUCUCUUUCAUAAAUUACAUUUAGAGAUCUGCUUUCUGUGUUUUAUUUUAAAAGCACUUCAGUUAUUAUCCAGGAACACUUCUGAAUUCCUGGGGAAGAUGACAUAAAUUCUUUUUUUUUUUUUUUAAAUAAAGAUUCAUGGCAAAUUUUGCCAUUUACACAA